AGUUAAUUAAAAAUGGUUUUAGGGCAGGUAUUUUCUUUUUUUUCACAACAAGUGCUGUUUAUUUGGCUUUUGGUAUUUAUAACACCUCUUUAUGUAUUUUUGGGAAGUGUAAUGGCAAAAGGACUUUAAAUAAUUUAUCAAAUGUCAAUAAAUAGAUAAUCAUUAAUUUAGAAAUACGUGGGAGAUAUAAGUUGGUUGUUCCCAUUCAAAGUAAGAAAUAAUAUAUUAUAAUUUAGUAAAAUGAAUAAGAAUUUAAAUUAGUUCACAUAAUAUUAUUGGCUGUAUUAAUAGGAUUAGUCUCUUUAAUUAUUCUUGGUGGAGUAAUACUAUAAAACUAGUUCGAAAAACAAAAAAUAAUAGAAAAGAGAGAAAGCAGAGAAGGAAAAACAAGUAAAAAAGUUGUUAGUGAAUGA